AGAAUAAUCAUGAAUCAAUCCAGAAUUCAGAACAGAUAAUGUGACAUUAAAAUUCGGGUGAAAGUGGGUCUGGGGGAUAAUGCAGAAUUGCACGUUUGAAAUUUCAUCAAUUGUUAUUCGUCCAGUUAAUUAUUACAACAUCAGCAUUACUCAUAAAUACAAGAGGAUUUUUGAGGCGAGGGCAUUCGGUUUUUGUGUCAGUGACGACAAGCUUUUUUUAGCAGAUACAGGAAAGAACGUGAAACCAGUCAUUAGGAUCAUCAUGCACCUUUCAAAAAUAGUUCUGGUGCUCUGCAUGUGUGUUGUCUUCAGUUUCGGUCAAAAUUCAAUCGUUGAAGUCCCACCAGAAGCACCUACUGAGUCCUGGACUGAAGAGGGUACGACGGAAACUCCUUUGGGUUGUGUCUGUGGAGUUUUCUUGAGUGGUCAGUUCAAGAAAGGCAGCAAGGAACAGCCCAAAGGAAAUCCUGCACUUCUUCAUGAACAUACAGAAGCCUUCCCCUGCACACCAGUCGGCAAUAAAUUGUGUACCAACAAAUGUCUCGAUGCUAUCGUGAAACACUUGCCAAACAGUCCAGCCAUCCUCUGCGGUUCUAUUGAUCGUGAUUGUCACAAAGAAAGGGCCUAUCUCUUCAUAAAAAAUUGUAAAGACGAGUGGAUCAAUACAAAUUUAUCAGCAGGUCGAGAAUACUGUUGCAAAGACGGUAUUCCAUACAAAUGUCCAAUUCUCAGUUAAAUCAUCCCAUCAGCUCGUUUUAUUGUCACCAAUAAAAUGAGUUUAAUUAUAAAUAAAAUUCACUGAACCGAU